AUGGGCUUCAUUCCAGGCCGUUCGCCUUACGAGAUCCUUGGGGUGCCUGAGGGCAGUGGUAUGGCAGUGGUGCGGAAGCGCUUCUUCCGCGAAGCCAGGCGAUGGCAUCCAGACAAACACCAAGGAGAUUCCGAAGAGGAGAUUGAGAACGCCCAUUUGCGCUUCGUGCAGAUCCAUGCCGCGUACCAGGCGAUCCUUCGGGAGGGAAUCCUUGAAGGUCCACGGCAGCAGGCGGACGCGCCGACCUUUGAGAACGAGGCCUUCCAACGAUGGACCCGCGAGCGGCACCUGGAGCAACGCUUGGAUGAGGCCGAAGAGGCACACGAGAACACCAAGGCAGAGCUGGAUGAGAUCAAUGACUAUCUCGAGACCCAGAGAGAUCUGGCACGAAAUCAAGCUCUCUACACUGCGGAGGAGUUCGAGGCAGCAUAUGUCAUAAUGCUGCAUGCGGGUGUGAGGACCUUGUGUGAGCGCUCCGAGCACAUCGGUGAUGAGACACAGGCGACUCUGAAGUUUCCACAGCCAGGAUGCACCUGGGCCUGCGAUGGGGUCGAGCCGCCCGAGCCCGAACAGGGCCGCUGCAAGUACGUGGUGGUUUCCGCAAGUGGUGAAUGUGCCACUGGCAGGGACAUUCAUCACGAUACAUUGAUUCCGGGAUUGCUGUUUGCACCUGAGAAGCUGUUUUCUGGCACUGACGAAGCAUUUAGCUUCACGAAUGAUGCAGACAGACGCAUUUGCAAGAAACGGAUCGGGGAUCUGGCCUUCAAGGAGGCCCAGUUGCUCUUGCAGAAUCGCGAGCAGCAGUACAAGGCGCAGGUCAACAAACUCCGGAUGCGACAGAAGCACCUCCAACAGCUCAGCCGCUCACAAAGCGCGCCGCCCAAGUCCCGGCGAAGCGAGGAGGAGCCGGAGAAGGAGCCGAAGUCCUUAAUGGAUGCCACAGAAUCUGCCCUUUGCUACCUAGGCGAAAGUGUCACACAGACCUGUAUGGAUGUGAGCAUUUUCUGUGGAGAGCUUGCAGAGGAAGUCACCGAUGCGAUGUCUAGCAUGGCAGCCUACUUCCGUGCAUGGCGGAUCGUUCGAGACGACGAGUAG